AAAUGUGUGUGUGUGUGUGUGUGUGUGUGUGUUCCGUCAUCGUCGGUAAGCACUUUAUCCCGGUCAGAGUGGUCGUGAAUCCGGGAACUCUGUGUGUGAGGUGAGUGUAAAGCCUGGAUAGGAUGCCAGUCAUCACACACUCGUUCCCACGGUAAUCACACCUCCGGGGGGGGGAGGGGGUAUGAUGUAGCGUAGCCCAUCCAUCUACUGCCAUGUUUCUGGGAGGUGGGAGGAGCCCGGAGAACCCUGGACGAAGCCCUCACAGACACGGGGAGAACGUGUGAAACUCCACACACACACACACACACACACACACACACACACACAGAGUAAACUGAGUUUAGGAUUGAAGUGAGAUUAUUUUCUGUUGUUUUCCUGAGCUGCUUGUUUCCUAGUUCCUGGUUUAGACCUGGUCUGUUUCUUGGACGCGGCGGUUUACUGCAGUGCCGGUCCUCCCUAAACGCAAACUACAGUACGCAAGUUACGUAUGACCCCGAACCACCAGGGGGCCCCCUUCAUCUCGUAUAUUAUUUCCCGUCAGUAAAUAUUUUUUUACAACACUCAGAUAUAAAUGCGGAUUCAGCUUUAGAGGAGUCAUGUGGAAAUUUCUUUAAAAAAUAAAUAAAUACAUGAUGAUAUAUUUUAUUUCAUCGCUGUUUCGGACUCGGACAUCACGCUCAGUGCGGCAGGAAAUGACAUCACUGACAUGAGUUUUGAUAUGGCUGCGGCUUCCAAACGAAGCUAUCCGUCAGGAGCAGAAAAAAAGAAAGAAAAGCUGCCAAGAGCGUGAAGCAAAAGAACAAGAACAUAAAGUUUUGUAUUAUUUGUAAUGUUGUAGUCUCGACAAACCGUGCAAUGGAUUCAUUAAAAACGACGCUCCGGUCGGUCCAGAUCAACAGGUUCAACAGUAAUCCACUGUGAUGUCAUCAAAGUCUAGGACCAGCACUGGUUUAGUGGUCACACCUCCAGGGUUUUGGGUUGGAUUCCCAUCUCCGCCCUGCGUGCACUGAGCUUGCACGUUCUCCCCGCGCUUCGGCGGUUUCCUCCACGCUCUCCAGUUUCCUCCCCCAGUCCAAACACAUGCGCUGUAGCUGAUUGGUCCAGAUUGUCCACACACACAUUAAUGUUGAUGCAGUAGAAGGUCCUUCAGUCAGUCUUCAAGACUCUGUACGUGUACUGUUACUGUGAAGAGGUGAUUCUUAAUGAUACGGAAACUGUGGGAGUCAUAAUGACUCAGUGAUUCUGAGAUCUUAGUAGUUUUUCAGUUUCUGUGUGUGUGUGUGAGUGUGUGAGUGUGUGAGUGUGUGUGUGAGUGUGUGAGUGUGAGUGUGUGAGUGUGUGUGUGUUUGUGUGAGUGUGUGAGUGUGUGUGUGUGUGUGUGUGUGUGUGGGGUAACAAGUGGUUUUGUUUAGAAUAAUCCAGAAGGUAUUGUCAGUAAACCCACACAUGAACGCUCCAGCAGUGAGACAGGACUUUCCACAAAUCUGCUUUCGCUUCUUGAGAACCUGAUUUAAGUGUGUGUGUGUGUGUGUGUGUGAGAGAGAGAGAAAGAGAGAGCGAGAGAGAUGAGAGAUUUGUUUUUUCUUUUCUUUAUUCUCUUCAUCAUUUGAGAGCGUUUAAAACUCUAACUUUGAUCACGCCGCAGCUUUUAGGAGACCGGGAUCACGUCGAGCGCGAGCAGGAUGCGGCGACUGCCUCGGUCCGGCGACGCGCUGCUGUCUCCAUGGCGACCCAGCGCUUGUUUUUGACCCCUGACCUCUGACCUUCUGCUGAAGAUGGCGAGCCAGAGGAGGCACCUGGUCAGGGACUUUAAUCGCUACAUCACCUGCUCCGUGUGCCGGGGUUACCUGAUCAAACCCACCGCCGUCACCGAGUGCCUCCACACCUUCUGUAAGAGCUGCAUCGUCCAACACUUUGAGGAGAGUAACGAGUGUCCUGAAUGUGGCAUUCAAGUCCAUGAAACCAAUCCUCUAGAAAUGCUGAGGUUGGAUAAAACGUUGGAGGAAAUCAUCUUUAAGCUGGUUCCUGGUCUGAGAGAGAAGGAGGAACAACAGGAAAUGGAUUUCUGGAGGAAAAAUAAAUCCAGAGCUAAUGGGGACGAAGGUCCGAGGGCUAAAAGGUCUCGUGUGAGUGAGGAAGAGGAGGACAGAGAGGAAGGUGAAGGAGGGGAUUAUCACAGGAACGACCCACAGAUCGCCGUCUGCCUCGACUGCCUGAGGAACAACGGCCAAUCAGGAGAGAGCAUAGUGAAGGGUCUGAUGAAGAAGUUUAUCCGCUGCUCCACGCGCGUCACCGUCGGCACCAUUAAGAAGUUUCUUUGUGUGAAGCUGAAGUUACCGAGCUCGUAUGAGCUGGACGUUUUGUGUAACGGGGAGAUCAUGGGGAAGGACCACACCCUGGAAUUCAUCUACCGAACCCGCUGGAGACUGCAGGGCGACACAGAGUACCCCAUGGUUCUCGAGUACCGUCCUCGCAUCGACUUUGGCUAAAACCUGACCCGAACCGUGAUGGACAGAUGAAAGAGAGAGAGAGAAAGAAAGACAGGGGACUAAACAGACAGAAAUGACCACUUUGCUUCUCUCAUUCGACUUCCUCGUCGUUCAUCCAUCACUUAUUCCUGAGUGACAGGUCCUGACUCCGCCUCCUGCGACACAACCGUUUCUACAUGGAUGACAAAAAAAAUAAAGCACUUCAGAAAUGCACUUCUGGCAAGUUUGGAAGGAAGGAAAGAAAGUGUGUGUGUGUGUGUGUGUGUGUGUGUGUGUGUGGGUGUGUGUGUGUGUGUAAGACUGGCGUCUUCCUUUUUAUAUAUAUUGCUGAAGACGAAGGAAAGACGGAAAGGUUUGGAAACGUAAAUGAACAAACGUGCCUCUUUUGUACACACACACUCACACACUCUCACACACACACACAGUGGAAAAAAAGAGCCACUUUAAAUAUGCACUUAGUGGAAAGAUAGAUGGCGGCCAUCUUGUUUUGAAGCUUUUUUUAUGAGUUUGAGUCACUGCCCUGCUGAAAAAAAAACCCAAUAGAAACCAUCACAGAAAUUCUAAAGGUUUCCACUACAAAUACCACUACAAACCAUCAUCUAACCAUUAAAACCGUUACCAUUAUUGAUCCUUAAUGGUAUCCACUAGACAUAACAUGUUACCCAUAGAAGGCAACAAAUUACCAGUAGAGACCCACAGUUUCCAUUAAAACCAAUACAAUUCCCAUUAUAACCAUUAAAACCAUUACAAAUUCUAAGAAGGUUUCUAUUGUUUAUUUGUUUUUUGUUUAUUUUUAGCAGGGUUAUCUGAAGCUCAUUUCAACUCUGAUAUUUAUGAAGUGACUCUGAUCCCAGAUCUGUAAGCUAUGUCUAAAAAUCACGUACUUCAUAUACUCUUAGUGUUGCUCUAUAAACAUCCGGGUACUAGAUAGUCAGCUAUGUAGUGUACAGUGUAUGAAUAUAGUGCGUAGUGUGACACACACACACACACACACACACACACACACACACACACAGGUCAGGACUCUUCAAAUACGAUGAUCAAAUCUCUAUGUUUGUUAAAUUAAUUGAAAUCUGGCUUCCUUAAUCACAUCUUCAUCAUCUUCAUCAUCAUCAUCAUCAUCAUCCUGUCACGUCAUGAAAUUAACCAGCAGAGGAAACGGGAUGAAGAAAAAAGCAACCCAAAGCUGUAUUUUUGUAUCUCAGUGACUCGCGUGUGUAAUGAUGAGAUUUGAUGUUUUUAAUAAUCAGAGAUGUUGCUGCUGUUUAGAGUAAUUUAUUAUUCUAUUUUGAAAUAUAUAAUUGUGCGCCUUCACCUCUUUAAAGCUGCACGUGACUGCUGUACGUGACGUGAUAUCCCUUACUGUUUCAUUACUGUGAAGAUUAAAAACGUGGAAAAUGUCACGUGAUUGUUUCUCUUUGCCUAAACAGACUGCUUUGUUUUCUUUUACCUCUGACACUGGAGACUCCUUCCAUAAAUGUUACAUAAACACAUUUCUCCUUACCCUGGAGAAAACGUACCUGCGUCUUUUAAUCUGUUUACUGUUAACUGUUACUAUAGAAACGGUAAUGUAUCGGAAGGAGCAUGUUAAUAUAAACCAGAGCCGCUGUUCUAGAGAACUAAUCACCACCUUCUGACCCAAUCACAGUCCAGGACUCAGCAGCAGAGCGGUAUAAAAACGACCUAACCUGUUUCACGGCGUUCAGCAUCGUUAAAAGUAACUAUAAACGGAUAAAAAGUAUGUAAAUAAAAAACU